UGCGUACACGAGCAAGUAAUGGAGGCUGUUUGUUCUUCUUCGGAGUGAAUAUCUAAAUUAACAUCUUUACCAAGACACCGAGGACAAACUCAAGCAAUCAGAAAUUAUUUUACAACAAUCAGAGCGCAAACCUCGGCCGCGAUGGCUUCGGAAACGGGACCCCAGAAUCCCAGCUCCAGGGGCAUAAUGACCUUCUACCCCAACAAGGAGGAGUUCAAGAACUUCAGCCGUUACAUUGCAUACAUGGAAUCCCAAGGGGCCCACAGGGCUGGCCUGGCAAAGAUCGUGCCCCCCAAAGACUGGAAACCCCGACGGUCCUAUGAUGACAUUGAUGACUUGGUGAUCGCAGCCCCCAUCCAGCAAGUGGUGACGGGCCAGUCGGGCCUUUUUACCCAGUACAACAUCCAGAAGAAGCCCAUGACGGUGCGCGAGUUCCGCAGGAUUGCCAACAGUGACAAGUUCUGCACUCCUCGGUAUGUGGACUUUGAAGAGCUGGAAAGAAAGUACUGGAAGAACCUGACCUUCAACCCCCCCAUAUAUGGGGCUGAUGUGAACGGGACACUCUAUGACCAGGAUGUGAUGGAGUGGAACAUUGGACACCUUCACACCAUCCUGGACACAGUUGAGCGCGAGAGCGGCAUCACCAUUGAGGGGGUCAACACGCCCUAUCUGUACUUUGGCAUGUGGAAGACCACCUUUGCCUGGCACACGGAGGACAUGGACCUCUACAGCAUCAACUAUCUGCACUUUGGCGAGCCCAAGUCCUGGUACUGCGUACCACCAGAACAUGGGAAGCGAUUGGAGCGCCUGGCCAAAGGUUUUUUCCCUGGAAGUUCUCAAAACUGUGAAGCUUUCCUUCGCCACAAAAUGACCCUCAUCUCCCCUUCCAUUCUGAAGAAGUAUGGCAUUCCAUUUGAGAAGAUCACUCAGGAGGCUGGAGAGUUCAUGGUGACGUUUCCCUACGGUUACCACGCUGGCUUCAACCAUGGCUUUAACUGUGCUGAGUCCACCAACUUCGCUACGCAGCGCUGGAUUGAGUACGGCAAGCAGGCCAUCCUGUGUUCCUGCAGGAAGGACAUGGUGAAGAUCUCCAUGGACGUGUUUGUGCGCAAAUUCCAGCCAGAGCGCUACAAGCUGUGGAAGGCGGGCAAGGAUCUGGUGCCCAUUGAUCACACAAAGCCCACCCCCGAGGCAGCCGAGUUCCUGGGCGGAGGGGGAUUUAAUACCAAGGAUGGCUGCGGAGGACAGGACUACGGGGAUGAUCUUGGUUCCGAGAGAGAGGAGAAGAGAAGCACCUCCAGGCAGCGCAUUGGAACUAAGAGGCACAGGGUGUGUCUGGAGGUCCCUGAGGAGGUGCUUCCAAAAGAUGAGGAGACACAGCUGGAGGACAGGGCAGGGAAGAGGAUAAGGUUGUCUCCUCCUGGCGAGGACAGCAGGGGAGAUGAAGAUCUGCUGCCUUCAGCAGAUGAACAGCAGGAUCGUGAGAGGAAGGGGCCUUCCUUUCUACAAGUCAAGUCGGAGGACAGCACCGUUGCUGAGGAGGAAUGUACUGACAGAGCCAGUCACGAGGAGAAAAGCGACCUCCACCAAGAGGCCCUUGGACGGUGCGGCAUGGUAGCGGGCCCCAGCGGAAACUUCCGUCCAGCGCCAAAAGCUGGAGUGGCUAGCCUGCUGUUUCACCGCAGCCUGAGUCCCUCUGACGCCCUGCACGUACACAGCUACGCCAAAGGGGAAUACUGCACACCUCAUCUCUCCACCCCGAGCAAAGAGGAUACAGACGCUACGGUAAUCGAGUGCAAAAAGGAGAUGGAACCGGGUGCAGAAAACAAGAACAUGAAGAGCAAACGGCAACCCCUCAGCAAACUGCCCCGCCUCCAUCCGCUCAUCAAGGACUGCGUCAGCGAGGAGGAGAUGCAGGAGCAAACUGCAGAGGAGGACACAGAAGACCAGGAGACAGAAACCUGGGCCAAGUCGCUAGCCCAGCUGUGGCAGAACCGACCCCACAACUUUGAAGCAGAAAAGGAGUAUAACCAGCGCAUGGGCCAGCAGGCCCCCUACUGCGCCGUCUGCCUGCUGUUCCACACGUACCAGCAGAAUGAGUACGAGAACGGUGGACAACCACUCCAGGAACCCUCUGGUGUUCGACCAAGGACUAAACCCCUCAUCCCGGAGAUGUGCUUCAGCUCAACAACCAGCUCCGAGGUAGACCUGACCACACCCUACGUAGAGGAGGAUGGAACGAGUCUGCUGGUCAGCUGCUCCCGGUGCUGUGUGCGCGUUCAUACAAGUUGCUACGGUGUGCCUCCAGAGAAAGUGUCCGAGGGCUGGAAGUGUUCGCGCUGCGAAGCCGAUGCACUAACGCAGGAUUGUUGUUUGUGUUCACUGAGGGGGGGAGCGUUGCAAAAAGCCAACAAUGACAAGUGGGUUCAUGUGCUGUGUGCCGUGGCAGUGCUGGAGGCCCGCUUUGUGAACCUGUCCGACCGCGGUCCCGUGGAUCUCAGCAGCAUACCCCUGAGGAGGUUUAAGCUGAAAUGCUCGUUCUGCAAGAGGCGCAUGAAACGAACGUCUGGCUGCUGCGUGCAGUGUUCGCACGGCCGCUGCCCCACCUCCUUCCACGCAACGUGCGCGCAGGCUGCCGGCGUCCUCAUGCACCCGGACGACUGGCCCUUCGUGGUGUACAUCACCUGCUGGCGCCACAUGGGGCCGAUGCAGGCCAAGCGCAAUAAGGCAUCCUUGCGGGAGCUUGAGGUGGGCCAGAAGGUGAUCUGCAAGCACAAAAACAGCCGCUACUACCAGUGCGAGGUGGUGAAGCUCACCCAGGCCACCUUCUACGAGGUGGUGUUCGACGACGGCUCCUUCAGCGACAACCUCUUCCCUCAGGACAUUGUGAACAGAGACUGCGUGCAGCUCGGCCCCCCGCUGGAGGGGGAGGUGGUACAGGUGCGGUGGACAGACGGCCUCAUUUACGGGGCGAAGUUUGUGGCCGCUCACUUCAUCCCUAUGUACCAGGUGGAGUUUGAGGAUGCGUCGCAGCUCACCGCCAAGAGGGAUGACGUGUACACCCUGGACGAGGAGCUGCCGAAGCGAGUCAAGGCACGACUGUCUGUCGCCUCGGACAUGCGCUUCAACGGAAUCUUCACCGAGCCGGAGGGAAAACGAGAUGCCAAGAGGCAGCGGGUGAUCAGCUCGAGAUACAGGGGUGACUACGUUGAGCCCGUCCUCUACAGAGCCAUCAUGGAAUAACCCUCCACCUGCACUAAGCGGGACCUACCAGCACUGAUUUUUUUUUUUUUUUUUUUUUUUUUUUUUUUUCUUUCUUUCUUUCUUUCUUUCUUUCCUCCUCCUCCCCCCCUCCCUUCUUAAUAAAUUUGGGAUGCUUUACCCUCUAAACCUUAACUUAUUGACUGACCAGCAGGGUUCCACUGGGCCAGGGCCACAGUGCCACCAUCCUCAGCCUGCAUUAACUGGGCCCUGUGUUGUCUGCUUAACUUUAUUGCAUUGUUCUUUCUAAAAACCACUCUUCAGUAAAUACUGCUGUCCUCUGCUUUUUUUAAUAGACCUUUGUGUCGUGUAGCAACACAACGAGGGGACAAUUUCGUGAGUCCGUACUGCAUCAAAGCAGCCAGAACUGCUGCUCAGAGGAGAAGUUUUGCUUUCUUUCACAGCAUGAUUCUUGCUGUCAGUAGACUUUGCCACCGUUUCGUGUUUUUAUUUUCAUCCUCUUCAGGGUGCUAAUUCUGCCAGCGCUCGCGAACAAAAGUGCCAUUUUGUUGCUGUCGAGCCUGCAGAUUGAAAUAUGAAGAUGGGAAAAUUGCCAGACAUUUGUUCAUAGCAUUGUUUUUUGCAAAUCCAGUUUAUCAUUAAGUACUUUAAGUAUGCAAUCUUGCAAUACAUUAAUUUCUACCUAAUUUUUCUUUAAUCAUAUUUAUACAAUUGUAGUACCCAUUAACAACUGCAAAGUACGUCUAUUUCUUUUUACCCCAAGCUCAUAAAAGCAGCUCCUUGGCCAAGCCUUAUUCUUCCUCGAACCCUUUGAUACCUCUUGGUAUCUUUCAGUAACCUUUAAUGUUAAAUUGCUCAGUUAAUUUAAUGUUGUAUAAGAAUUUAAAAACGCAAAUGUUUUUACAGUAGCUUAAACCCAAGAUGUAUCUAUAUUUGUUAUUCAGAUGUUUCUUUUUUGGUUAAUUUUAUUUAAGAUGUAUUAUUUUUACAUUGAAGAACUAUAUUUGUUAAUAUAUACUGUUGUUAAAAGCUCUCAUGCAGCGAGAUGCACUUGCCGAGAAUGCGGCGCAUUUAUGACUUCUUUAUUCCUGAGAAGUUACCUCUCUGCGGUCCCUUGUAAGAGGUUCUGCCCACAGUGACCCUGCACUUCCUGGAGGAAGAUGCGUUUGACUCAGGUUGCCAUCCCACACAGUCGCUGUCCCACGCUGUGGCUCGCCGUGCUCUCGCAAGGGAUCUCCAGGCUCCAAAAGUCAAGAGUUGGUCCUGAGUUCCACUGUUUGUGGUUCCACCUCUGCUAUCUUUUAAUACUGUGCAGUUUUUUUUUUUUUUUAUUAUUAUUCACUGCACAUGUAAAAGAAUGACUUUUUCCUAAUCUGAAAGCUAAUUAAGUCUGUUCUUACAAUAUCGGGUUGAAAGAGUUAAUUUUUUUUUCUGUGUUGUAGACAUGUUGUGUUGUGAGUUGUCUUUUGUGUGGCUUUAUGCAUAGAUAAUUUGAAAGUGUAAAACGCAGUAUUGAAUGCGAUGACAUACUUUCUGGGCCCCCCAUCUCUGUCCCUGCGCUCAACCCUUCCCCCCAACCCCUGACCCGGCAGGAUCCUCGGGUUUCUGCAGCACUACAGUGGAUGCUCGAGCACCUCAGUAAAGCACCUGGCCCAAGCACUGUGUCGCAGUGAAUUGUCUUCUUCCUCCAUUCUGCAUCCUCUUCUCCCUCCUUCAUCACAUUUUUACAUAAUCAUAGGCAGCAGUUAGCAUGCUGGUUCAGGACAACAGCCCAGUGCCCAGAAGGUAGUGGAAUCGCCUCGUUAGACUUUCCUCUUUUGUGAAUGGGUCGAGAUCGACAUUAGAGGUAAGCAAAGCAUCGACGUUAAUAACAGCAACAAUGUUAAUUGUAACGAUAGUGUGGCACUGCGAUGUUCGUCUGCUUCUGUUACUGUAGAAGCCUGGUAAUACGUAGACAUCAUUGCAGAGUCACAUUUGAAUGUAGCAGCGGCCAUCUUCACCAUGUGUUCGUACCCAUACUGCAUUUUUUUGUCUUAUGUUCUUUUCUUACCCUUUAUACUGUGGCUUUUACUGUGUCAAGACUGGACUUAGUAUUUAAUGGUUGAUGGCCAGAGACACAGAAAUUGCAAAUGUUACAGAUGACCUCUGCGAGCCAUCAUGCCUGUUUCUCCACAGCUCUGUUUGUAGUUUAAACACUGUAGCAUAAAAGUGUGUACAGUCACAGUGUGGACUCGCAAGGCAGUCGUGUAACCCUGUAAAUACUGAUCUGGUGUCACUUGUAAAGAGGUGACAACUUGUGAAGACAAAAAUAGCAGGAAAUCUAGUGCAAUGUGCCUGCUCUGUACUUUCCUGCCUGACGGUUACAUGCAAAUCACAUGUAAUUGGUGCAGAUGUAUUUUUUA